CCGAGCUUUCGAGGCGGCGAGAGAGAGAGAGAGAGAGAGAGAGAGCGGCUCCGUCCAAGAUCCUCUCCGGAGCCAUCCUUCCUGGCUUCCCUGCCUCUGCGGAGGGAGCGCCGCCUCCUUCCCGGACCUGCGGAGAUGAGGGACCGGCGGAGGCGGCAAAAGGGAAAGGAGGGCAGCCAAGAAGGGAAAGGGGAGCCCGCGAUGCCGGCUUGAAGGCAGGGAGCGUCGCCCGCCCCGCGGCUCUGGAUGCUGCUGCGGCGGCUGCUCGGCGCUUGGGAGCGCGCAUGGCGGCGGCGGCGGCUUCUGGGCAGCAGCAGCAGCAGCGGCGGCGGCCGGCGAGGCGGCGGGGCUCGAAGGGGCGUCCUCCUCCCGCUCCUCCGCCUCCUCCUCCGCCGCCGCGUCCUCGCCUGCCGGGCCUGCGGGCGGUGCGGUGGCGAAGGGCGGCCCCGCUGCGCCGGGCGCUGUGGCUGCUGGCCGUGGGCGCCUCGCUGGGCUUGCUGCUGGCCUGGUCGUCCAACCGGCUCCUGCACUGGCUGGCCUUCCCCUCGCACACCACGGUGCGCACGCAGUGGAGCCGCCGCCUGGCCUUCCCGGCCGUCACGCUCUGCAACAACAACCCGCUCCGCUUCCCGCGCCUCUCCAAGGGCGACCUCUACUACGCGGGCCACUGGCUCGGCCUCCUCUGGCCCAACCGGACGGCGCGGCCGCUGCUGGACGAGCUGCUCCGGGCCGAGCCCGAGCGGCGGCGCUGGUUCGCCAAGCUGGCCGACUUCCGCCUCUUCCUCCCGCCCCGGCACUUCGGGGGCAUCAGCCGGGAGUUCGUGGACCGCCUCGGACACCGCCUCGACGACAUGCUGCUCUCCUGCAAGUUCCGCGGAGAGCCGUGCGGGGCCCACAACUUCUCCGCCGUGUUUACGAAAUAUGGGAAGUGCUACAUGUUUAACUCAGGCGAAGAUGGGCAUCCUCUGCUGACCACAUUCAAGGGUGGAACAGGCAAUGGCUUGGAGAUAAUGCUGGACAUUCAGCAGGAUGAAUAUUUGCCAAUUUGGGGAGAAACAGAAGAAACGACAUUUGAAGCAGGAGUCAAAGUCCAGAUCCACAGUCAGUCUGAGCCACCCUUUGUUCAGGAGCUUGGGUUUGGCGUGGCACCUGGGUUCCAGACUUUUGUAGCCACGCAAGAGCAAAGGCUGACUUACCUUCCGCCUCCGUGGGGCGAGUGCCGCUCGUCGGACUUUGGCCUAGACUUCUUCCCUGUUUACAGCAUCACUGCAUGCAGGAUUGACUGUGAGACCCGCUACGUGGUGGAGAACUGCAAUUGCAAAAUGGUUCACAUGCCAGGAGAUGCUCCUUUCUGCACGCCAGAGCAGUAUAAAGAGUGUGCGGAGCCAGCACUAGUGGUUCUUGGUGAAAAGGACAGUGGUUACUGUGUGUGCCAAAUGCCAUGCAACUUGACACGCUACAACAAGGAACUCUCCAUGGUUAAGAUUCCCAGCAAGACUUCAGCCAAGUACCUUGAGAAGAAAUUUAACAAAUCUGAGAAAUAUAUCUCGGAGAAUAUCCUUGUACUGGAUAUAUUCUUUGAAGCGCUCAACUAUGAGACAAUUGAACAGAAGAAAGCAUACGAAGUGGCAGCCUUACUUGGUGAUAUUGGAGGUCAGAUGGGCCUUUUUAUUGGUGCUAGUAUCCUCACAAUUCUGGAAAUAUUUGACUAUAUCUAUGAGCUGCUCAAGGAGAAGUUGUUAGACCUUCUUGGCCAGGAAGAGGAGGAAGGAAGCCACGAUGAGAACGUGAGCACCUGCGAGCCCUUGCCCAACCACUCUGAUCCCAUCAGCCACACUGUGACAGUCCCCCUGCAGACCACACUUGGCACGCUGGAAGAGAUUGCGUGCUGACAGCACUCUCUGGGCAUGACUACAGAUGGACGGACAGCAGAAACUGUAUCCCCAGAAGCCAGGGAAUCGGAGCCCAGGUUCCCCGCCAUGGGGUGGGGGGAAUAGCUGAGGAAUCCGCUAUGCAUCCAACUCGUUCUCUCUCUUCUUGCCAAACAAACCGCAAGAGAUGCCAGGGACUUGCCCCACCCUGUCUGUGAAGGGAUGGCAGGGGUGGGAGGAGGAGGAGGAGGAGGAGGGUGGGGGGCACCUCCAGCAGCAGAGGCCGGGUUUUUGAACUGUACAAAUCCAACGACCAAGGAACCAUCAUUUCACAUAGACUGCCAACGACUGUACAAAAGACUCCUGCAUGCCAGUCCUUUUGAUGGCAAUAUCUCCCUCCCUUUUUUUUUUCUUUACACGCCUGUCUCUUGUCUUAACAGCUGUUUCCUUCGUUUUCCACAACAGAAGAGGAGGCCAUGACACUCGUGUCGCUCCCCACUUCCCCGAAACAGAAAGUUCACAAUAACUUGAUAACACCAUGGACUGAAUUGGAAACAAAUCAAGCUCUGGCUUCCAGGUGUCCAUUACUUUUUGUCUUUGUCUAAAUCUGUGACCGGGUCUCUGAGCGUUUGCAGGGCCCAUUCACCUGGGCAGCCAAGAUGAGCAAAGGUCAAGCAAAAUGGCUCAUCUUGUUUACUGCCAUCGACCUCCCCCACCAUUGCCCCCUCCUGUAUGCACAAGCACCCACAAACACACCAGCCCCCUUGGCACUCAUCAGCCACAGCUACUGUCUUGUUAAGAUUGGCGUGUCAUGCCGUGUCAGGACUGGGGACCCGGGGGGAGGCUGGGUUCAAGGGCCAUUUUGACCUACCCUGCUUCCUCAUUCUUAACAGUGCGAUUAAAGGUGGUCUUGUGGAAGGGG